CUGACGAUUCAGCUCUCGAUCGCCUGGUUGAUUUGGGGAUUUGGCCUGACGAUCGCUGUUCUUGAGAAAAUUGGGCGCUACUCAGGUAUGGCCGACAACUUCAAUUGUGAGGAACUUGAUAAGGUCAAAGGCAAGAGUACGACAUCCAAUUCAUCGCCUCGAACCCCAAGGAAUUCAUCAUUCCCUUGUGGGUUUAACCCGGGCUUUAUGCCUUAUCACUCUUCACAAGUUGGCCAAGGUCCUAAUUUUUGGAAUAAUUUGCAAAUGCAAGAUGCUAACUUUUGGGGAAUUGGCCAACAACCUACAAUGUCAUUCAUGAACAUGCUAAAUGCUCCUCCAAGUUUACAACGUCAAAGUUAUAGCGUGGGUGAAACUCCGUCACCUAUUCAACAAUGUCAAAGCAACAAGAGGGGUGCUAAUGAUAUUGAUGGUGAUGAAAGUUCAUCCCCUAAUCCAAAGAGGAAAAAGAAAGCUAUUGCUCAUAAAUCCAAGAAGAAAGAGGCUUGCAAGAGGAGAGUUAACAUAUUGUGGGAGAGUAAACAUGAUGAUUUGUUAAUUCCUUUCCUUGCAAAAUGUGCUAGGGAUGGAUUGAAAGCGGAUAAGAGGUUCAAAAAAACCGUUUAUAAUAGCGCCGCCUUUCAUAUAAAUGAACAAUUAGGUUCAACGUUCACUUCCGAGAAUGUGAAAAAUCGUAUGAGAACUAUUCGUAAUAGAUUCUUGGACAUGCAAAAAUGUCGUAUAAAUGUGGAAAAUCAUAUAAAUGGCCUUUUCUGA